AUGCUACGUCUCAAAGAUCGCAUGCUUAAGCGCCCAACGAAGUUCAAACCAGAGGAAGAUGAGAGACUGAGACAGAUCAUAGAGAAGUAUGGAACACACAAUUGGGUACAGAUUGCAUCAAUGAUGCCAGGCAGGAAUGUCAGACAAUGCAUUGAUAGAUGGAAAAGGAAUAACUCCCCAAAGAAUUCUCGCCGUGCUUGGACAUCAGAUGAGGAUUCAAUAAUCUUACAAAAAUGGAAAGAAUUUGGUAAAAACUAUGCUCAAAUUGCCAGAUUCCUUGCAUAUAGGAAUGAAUACUCAGUCAAGUGUAGAUUACAACAGUUGUUAAACUCAAAUAGCAGUACACAUAUUGAAACACUUGAAACAAUUAAACCAAAUGAUAGUGUUUAUAAAUUGAAUGAUGAAAUUAAUACCGAUGAAGUACUUGAUCGCAUACUGAAUCAGAUUGGCCUUGAUUCACUUGCAGAUCAGUUUGAAAAUCCUUUAUGGAAUGAUGGAACAGAACUAUUCACAUUUUAA